AUGAUACAGGAAGAAAGCAAACAGAUCCAGGCUUGGCAGAAAUCCAGCUCUCAGUCAGAUUCUCAUGAUGAUGAGGUUUCUCCUCCACCGCCCAAUCCAGUGGUCAAAGCCCGACAUCGAAGGGGAGGGGUCAGUGCUGAGGUCUACACAGAAGAAGACGCAGUGUCUUAUGUCCGGAAGGUUAUUCCAAAGGACUAUAAGACUAUGACGGCUCUAGCUAAGGCCAUCUCCAAGAACGUCCUCUUCGCUCACCUUGAUGACAAUGAGAGAAGUGACAUAUUUGACGCAAUGUUCCCCGUCACCCAUAUUGCUGGAGAGACUGUGAUCCAACAAGGUGAUGAAGGUGACAACUUCUAUGUGAUCGAUCACGGGGAGGUGUAUGUGUACGUGAAUGGAGAAUUGGUCACCAGCAUCGGAGAAGGAGGCAGCUUUGGAGAACUGGCUCUCAUUUAUGGCACACCACGAGCUGCGACCGUCAAAGCAAAGACGGAUCUGAAACUCUGGGGGAUUGACCGCGAUAGCUACAGACGCAUCUUGAUG